UCUCUCUCUGUAAACAAAGCUUCUUCUACAAUGUUGACGAAGGAAAAGACAAGGAGAUUGUUGUCCGUGAGAAACACAAAAAGUUUCAAGAAACAACCUAAGACAACAAAUCUUGCGUCGAGAGAACAGACCAUGUAUAAGAAAGCAUCCGAGCUUUCCAUCCUUUGUGAUGUCGAAGUCUGUGUUAUAUACUACAACCGUGACGGAGAACUCGUCGGGACAUGGCCGGAAGAUCAAUCCAAGGUUCGAAACAUGGCAGAGAGAUACAGCAAACUCAACGAUAGCGAGAGACGCAAGAAAAGCACAAACCUUUCUCAGUUUCUUAAUAAGAAGACCGGCCUCAAAGACAAGAUGACAUCUUUAGAUAUCAAUGACAAGAGAUUCUCUGAGAAACUUUUCGAGAUGGAGGCUUCGUUAGAGAGUUCUCUACCGGUGUUACAAGAUCAGCUUCUUCGGGUGUUACAGAACCAGACGAAACCCGAUCAGAACUCUUCCGCCGGCUUCUUCACACCAGAUCCAUCAUUGAUGAGCGGAACAGAGCAAGACCUAUCAUUGAGUCAACAACAUCAGGGCAAAGUUUCAGUCUUUCUCUAUAACCAUGACAACGGUAGCUUCUAUCAACUCCCUGACUCUGUUUCUAGCUUUGACCCAUCGACGAGUUCGGCUUCACUUGGGGCACAAGGGUCGUUUCUAACAAGUAACAACUUUGAUCUUCCCAUUCCCAUGGUGUUUCCUCCUCUGAUGCGAAGUUAGAUUAUGAGUUUAACUUCUUGUGGCCGAUUUAGAUAUAUUUAGGGUUUGUUAUGAAUUUUUGUAUCAUCCUUUGAAUUGUAUGUUUUGCCAAUUGUAUGAAUGUAUUUUUCUCUCAAGUUUCUAACAUAGUCUUUGGCUUCUUCUACUUUUUUUUUCUUUCUGAGUGUUAAAUUUGAGUUUGAUCAAACUAACUAUAUUAGGGUUUUUAUGCAAUAGACAUUGAAUGUUAAAUGUCCAUAAUUGAUGCAGACAAG